AUGAACCAACAAGAAUUCGUGGUUAUCAAGGGAGAGCGAUACGCAGCUAAGAAACCUGAAGAUUCUGACAUUAUCCAAGGAGAUGGUUCAUUCGCAGGCAAGACUAUGAACCAACAAGAAUUCGUGGUUAUCAAGGGAGAGCGUUACGCUGUGAAGAAGCCCAAGGAUUCCGAUGUUCUUCAAGGAGACGGCUCAUUCGCAGGCAAGACAAUGAACCAACAGGAAUUCUCUGUCACCAAAGGAGAGCGAUACGCAGCCAAGAAACCUGAAGAUUCUGACAUUAUCCAAGGAGAUGGUUCAUUCGCAGGCAAGACUAUGAACCAACAAGAAUUCGUGGUUAUCAAGGGAGAGCGUUACGCUGUGAAGAAGCCCAAGGAUUCCGAUGUUCUUCAAGGAGACGGCUCAUUCGCAGGCAAGACAAUGAACCAACAGGAAUUCUCUGGAGAGCGCUACGCUGUGAAGAAGCCCAAGGAUUCCGAUGUUCUUCAAGGAGAUGGUUCAUUCGCUUACAAGACCAUGAACCAGCUAGAAUUCCCUGGAACGAAAGGGGAGCGGUAUGACACGAGGCAUCGAGAAGAAUCGUAUAUCUUGAAAGGGGCUGGUUUGUUCAAUGCAAAGUCCAUGUACCAGCAGGAUUAUUCCCUUCAAGGUUAUUCGUUGGCAUGUGCAGGGCGGUUUGAAGAGAAUUCAAGUAGACAGCGAAGUAUUCUGAAGGGCAGCUCGUCAUGUAGCAGCUUGUUUGAGAAGCAAGGUGUCGGACAAGACUACCCUGGUAACUGUUUAAAGUUGGCCGGACAUGUUAUGGAUGACCGAUCCUUCACUUUCGCGCACCAAGAAAACGAUACAACGUCCGCUCGUCAUGUUAUGCAAAACAGUCUGGAUUCUCUUGUUAAUAAAGACGGUCAACAUGAAUUGUCAUCGCGAAUGCUGCAUUCAUCUGCAGAAGCGCUUUCCCAACAAAAUUCCCAGCAGAAGGGUCACUCAGGAAACACAAUCAGGUCACGCGUUCACUUACAAGAAAAGAGAGGUAGACGAAGUGAAAGGAAUGCUACAGCUCUUUUGUCGAGUUAUGACAUGGCAACUACUGCUAUUUCACCACCGAAUCCUAAACCUGAUAAGGGAUUCAACUUUCUUCUCAAGCUACUAUUUGACUGCUCGCAGUUU